AUGGAUUUCUUUGAAGAUUUUGGUGUCAUCAGCGUAUGUUGCAAUGAGAUGCAUUUUCUGUUAGUAAACGAGCAGGAAUCCCAUCCGGGCCAUGAGCUUUGUCAUUAUCAAGAGUUCUUAGUACAUUAGCUACGUCGUCAGUUGUUAAAACAACAUCCUCCAACAAGGAAAUGUUAUCAGUAUAUAGAAGUAUCUAGAUCAUUGGUGAAGAUGGAUGUAAAAUAAUUAGUAAAGAGAGUUGCUAUGUGCAUAUGUCCGCUGGUGUUUCCGAGUAUUUCCUUGCAUUUCCUUCAACCCCCAUUGAGACUUUCGCGGGAACAUUGCAAGAUUUGGUUUUUAGCUUGAAGAGCGACCAGAAACGCUUUGGGUUAUUUCCGUGAUCAUCACAAAUAGAGUUGAUGUACUUUGAAUGACUUUCACGCAGCAUUUUUUAAUAGCAGUUCUGAGAUGUCCUUAAAUCCAAUGGCAAUGCCAGCGUAUAGUUGGAGAAGAUGAUGUUAGCACUGCGAGUGAUGAGGAAGUGAAGCACGCAGCGUAUGCUGAUGAUCUCGAUGGUGCAGGAGUCCUUGGGUGUUUGCGAACGUGGUGGAAUCAAGUUGUUCACUUUGGUCCUCUCUUGGGAUACUACCCGAAAGCCUCGAAGACUUGGUUAGUUGUGAAAGAGGACAGAGUUGAUGCUGCGAGAAAGAUAUUCGCGGACACUGAUAUUAACAUCACAUCUGAAGGACGUGCAUAUCUUGGUGGUUUUGUUGGAAGUAAGGAAUCGAGAGAAAACUAUGUGAAAGAACUUGUCAAGAAAUGGUGUAAGCAGCUGAUGAAGUUGCCACAGAUAGCGCAGUCGGAACCACAGGCAACGUAUGCAGCAUUUGUUUCUGGUUUUCAACAUAAACUGACCUACUACAUGCACACUCUUCCUAACCUCGGUCCAUUACUGCAGCCAUUCGAUGAAAUCCUAAACCAUCAUUUUAUUCCUGCCAUAACUGAAGGCCAUCACUGCUCCCAAGACGAACGCAAACUCCUUAGUCUUCCUGCUCGUUUUGGUGGUCUUGCUAUUCCCAUCUUCUCCCAGAUCGCCGAGAGAGAAUACGAAUACUCCAAGAAAGCUAGUCAACAACUGACCGAGAACAUCAAAUCUCAGACUGUGGAAUACUCCUUUGACAACACAGCUCAUCACUCAACAAAGAGUGACAUCAAAAGAUCGAGAAAUCUGGAGCAUGAACAGAUACACGCGGGGUUGCAAGAAAGGAUAAACCAGAAACGUGCAAAUGAGAUUGCCCAAAUGAAACGAGCGUCAAACUGGUUAACUUCACUGCCAAUAAGGGAAGAAAACUACGUCCUCAACAAACGAGAAUUCUAUGACGCUAUUCGUAUGAGAUACAGGUGGCCGCUCAAGUUUAUUCCAACUACUUGUGCUUGCGGGAAACGGUUCUCGGUAGAUCAUGCAUUGUCCUGUCUCAAAGGCGGCUUCGUACAUCAACGCCACGACGAAAUCCGCGAUCUUUGUGGGCAGACGGCUACCGAGAUUUCUAACGACGUGGAGAUUGAACCAAACCUUCUCCCUCUCACUG